GCCGACGGGCGGCGUGCGGGGCCCCGGGGCGCCGCGCCCCCCAUGCGCCGAGGCGGUCGCGGACACCGCGCGGGGCCCGCUCUGAGCCCCGGCCCGCGCCCGGCGCCAGCAUGAGCCAGGCGGAGCUGUCCACCUGCUCCGCGCCGCAGACGCAGCGCAUCUUCCAGGAGGCCGUGCGCAGGGGCAACACGCAGGAGCUGCAGUCGCUGCUGCAGAACAUGACCAGCUGCGAGUUCAACGUGAACUCGUUCGGGCCCGAGGGCCAGACGGCGCUGCACCAGUCGGUCAUCGACGGCAACCUGGAGCUCGUGAAGCUGCUGGUCAAGUUCGGCGCAGACAUCCGCCUGGCCAACCGCGACGGCUGGAGCGCGCUGCACAUCGCGGCCUUCGGCGGCCACCAGGACAUCGUGCUCUAUCUCAUCACCAAGGCCAAGUACGCGGGCAGCGGCCGGUGAUGGCGCCGAGGCCGGGACCGGCUCCGGCCCGCGCGCGUCGACCCUGCCGGCCCGCGGCACCUACCUCGGGGCGCGCCCGCGGCCGUGAAGCCCGAGUCUGACCCCCGGCGAGCGCGAAUCCCGAGAUCCCGGAUCCGCCGCGCUCAACGCGGCGCCCCCGCGCAGGACCCGGAGUUCCAAACUAUUUAUCGUGUGUGUAUCCCUGUGGGUGAAGUCUGUGCGCCUGGUUUUGUUUGGAGAAUAUUGUGCGUGAUCAAUGUGGUUAUGAGGGGAAGAUGCUUGGGUUCUUGUUUUUGUUGUUGUUGUUUUCUUAGUCUAAAAACUAAAAACUUGAGUCUGUCUUUUCUUGGUUGCACUGAAAAUACCGCCCAGCCGGAUGGUUUCGGAGCUGCCCCCUCCCCGCCUCGCUCUCCCUGGUCCCCGCCGUCCCGGGAACGCGCCCCCACCCCCGCUGACCUGCUGGUUUUGCAGCUCCCCGGAGCACGGUGCUCGCGCGUGGCGGUGACGCGACGGGGGGGGGGGGGGCGGGCGGGUCGGGGCUCAGGCCUUUCUAGCGAAUUCUAGUCUAGUUAACAGUCGGUUGCACACUUUUUUUUAAAAAAAAGUUAAGGGAUUUGCCACGAUUAAAUGUCAUAACAUUUAUGACAAUAUAAAAUAUUAACAUAUUUUUAAAGCCGAGUUUUAGGUGUACUUCUCGAAUCUUGGUUAUAACCCCAAUUUUAAAGGGCGUCGUAUCCAGCGUUGCGAAGGCAACAUGUACCCAUAUUUAUAUUUUUAUAAAAUGCCUAUAAGACUGUGAAUCUCUCGUACCGAUGCCUAGAGACUGGGGACCGUCCCCUGCCCCUCCACAGCCUCGAGGAC